CCACCACCUAGGUUUUAUAGUUUACAGUCUUUUUUGCUUUUUGAUCAUCAAAGAACAAUGGCUAUCAAGCCAACCAAAGCACAGAAGAAGACCCAAUACGACCAGAAGCUCUGCCGUCUUCUCGAUGAGUAUUCCCAGAUUCUCGUUGUGGGGGCCGAUAAUGUGGGUUCCAACCAGCUUCAAAGUAUAAGGAGGGGUUUACGCGGUGACUCCAUAGUGUUGAUGGGUAAGAACACCAUGAUGAAGCGCUCCAUUAAGCUCCAUGCUGAGAAAACUGGCAACGAUGCUUUUAACAGUCUCGUUCCUUUGCUUGUUGGAAAUGUCGGUUUGGUCUUUACCAAGGGUGAUUUGAAGGAAGUUAGAGAAGAGAUUGCUAAGUACAAGGUGGGAGCUCCUGCACGUGUUGGCCUCAUUGCACCAAUUGAUGUUGUUGUCCCUCCUGGACCUACUGGACUCGAUCCCUCUAUGACAUCUUUCUUUCAGGCUUUGAACAUACCAACCAAGAUUAACAAAGGUUCUGUGGAAAUCGUUACUGCUGUUGAUCUAAUUAAGAAGGGUGAAAAAGUGGGCUCAUCUGAGUCUGCUCUUCUGGCGAAGCUUCAGAUACGACCAUUCUCUUAUGGUCUUAUUGUCUUCUCUGUUUAUGACAAUGGAUCAGUUUUCAGCCCUGAGGUUCUUGAUCUCACAGAGGAUGAUCUUGUGGAGAGGUUUGUUAAUGGUGUAUCGAUGGUCACAUCGCUAUCUCUGUCUAUAUCGUUCCCAACACUUGCAGCUGCACCCCAUAUGUUCUUGAAUGCGUACAAGAAUGUUCUUUCUGUUUCAGUGGCAACUGAAUAUACUUUCCCGCAGGCAGAGCAAGUUAAAGAAUUCUUGGAGGAUCCAAGCAAAUUUGCAGCUGUUGCAGCUCCAACCGGAGGAGUUGAUGCUGGUGCUGCUGCAGCCAAGGUGGAAGAAAAGAAAGAAGAAAGUGAGGAGGAUUCCGAUGAUGGCGAUUUGGGUUUAUCGUUGUUUGAUUGAAUCUUUAUUUGUCUUUUUACUGUGGCUAAAAGUAGUUUUUCCACCAAUCUCUUUCUUAACCCAACAUUUUCUUUUUUACAAACAAAUUUAUUUUCCUUCCCUUCCCAGUUUCAAUGUAAAUAAUUUGCACAUGGAGCAGAUCAUUUGGUAUGGAUUGAUGUAAUUAUAUGGAAUAACUAUUUUUCAUAUGCA